AUAAUCUAUGAUUGAGAGUUUGGUUUUGAACCUGGCGAAAAUUUUAUGGAAGUACCACAUUGACAACCUUCCCAAAAAAAAAAAAAAUAGCGGUCACCGCUCGUCACUUCGCCUUUUACUUCAUGCGAAUCAGGUUGACGUUUUUGCCACCACUUCCGCCGCUAAAGUGCUGGUAUCCGGUAUCAAAAGAAGAAUGCAAGACUGUGAAUCGAUUGUCUGAAGGGAUCGCGCAUGACUUCAAUAUUGAGCACCCACUGUUUCUCGAGAUGGAGGGGUUUCGAUUGAUGCCGCGAAGCAAUCUAUCUGGGCUCUUGAAAGACAAGGAUCUGAUCACCGUCAAGCCAAUUGUCGAUGAUGAGAGUGAUAUCAUACACCGCGAUAGACGAAAGAGAAAAGCAUCAAUAAUAGAGAGCGAGUCUGAUUCAGAGCCUGAGAUUACGAGGAAGAAGGUCAAGCGUAGUAAAAAAGCAGUACAUGCAAAAGAUACCAAGGCAAAAGAGGAAGCGAAGCGACAACGCAAGCUGGAGCGCAAAUUGAGCAAAGCUGCCAAACUGAAAUCCAAGGAGAAAUCCAAGGAAAAGCCUGCCUCAUCCAAGUCUCCUGCUCAGCGUCAGGCGCAAAUUUCCAGUCAAUCGACCAAAGUAUCUGAUCUGCCGAAAAGUAAUACCAUAGAGAAACCGACAGCUUCAUCGCAUAAUCGGAUAGCAAACGAAAAGACCAUUCCAGGGGAAGGAAGCACAAAAACUCGGUCUCGAAAUGAACGGCGGCGGCGGCUCAAGAAGGCAAUGGAGGGUCAGUUCCAGGAUACGAAGGAGAACCAACCCAUGAUCCAACAGCCACAACCCAUUGCCUCAAAUCAGGAGCCUGAGAUCUUCAAAAGUCAUGUCCUUCAGCCAGCUGAACAAAAUGGGCUUGUUCCAUCGUCUUCUCUUCUCAAAAAGAACCGAAAUAAGAAACGCGGAUUUCUGAAUGAUAUUGAGAAGGAGCCACCAAAGGAACACAUCAGGUUCCAGCCGCCGCAAGCAAAUCCUUCAGAACUAGUAGGUGGUACAGCUGUCAUCACCAGCAUUGAUCUUGAUCCCGGUCCAAGCGAUGGCGGAGGGUAUAAUUUGCGAAGCAAAACUGAGAAGAAAUUCCCUGUUCAAAAAGCGCCUAGGGUGGUCAGAGCCAGCCAAAUCUCUGCGGAAAGUGGAGUGGAAGACUUGGAGGGGAACACAUGGGUUGAUGAUGCGGUUGACUACGCAUCUGAUGAUAAUGAGGCUGACAAUGGCAGAACUGUACCCAUGGCCUAUACAGCGAUCGAAAGUGCGGAUAUGGACGAAGUCAUAGAUUAUAAUGCCUGCGAGGUUGUGAAUUUUACCACCAAUUUACCAGAGGAGCUCGACGUGCUCGCUAUAAAGACAUUGGUUUUGUCGGCUACCUAUACACCCGAAAUCUCGGAUUGGCGGGAGGUGGUCGUAAAGGAAAUCGAUAUCAUUGACGGCACCAUCACAGUGGAGCAUCUCGGUGUUACUGACAAGGCAUUAAGAGAAGGAGGAAGAUUUGAGUUGGGGGCCAACGAAGAAACCGAGGCUGAGAACUAUGAUGACGACGACUCGAUUGUCACCUUAUUGAAGAGUGAUAUCGUUGAUAUGCGGCGGAUAAGAUAAUGGUCCUGUCUUGUGCUCAUACUCUGUGAAUGACACGAUACACGUGCUCGCCAAGUGCUUUUGUUACCUAUGCCUUAAAAAAAAAAAGACCUUGAGAGCUUUGACCCACUUUCUUUUCUGUCUCCACACUCUUUUUUUUAUUAUUAUUUAUUUUAUUCCCACUGCCUUUCUCUCGUCUGCACCCAGGCAUUGUUUCAUAAAACCGAAGAAAAGAAAACAUAGCUCAGAUCAUAAUACUAGAUGAGCACAAGUUCCCCUAAAACACAUCGGUCCCAAGCCGCCUUGUUGUAAGUUGAUAUUGCUCAAGCUGUUUGUGUAUUUUGAGGUGCUUUUUUUGUUUUCGUCGAAAAGGCACCGACCCUUCACGUUUUGUAAUGCGCUGAGCUGUUUGUUGCUGCUGGGCUGUGCAAGAACCUUUGGGUCAAAAAAUAGAAAAUAAAAAAAAAUAUGUACUCAGUGAGCUUCCUCUCC